AUGGCCAUGGCGCCGCCCUCCUCUUCCUCCGGCAGCGGCGGCGGCGGCGACGGCGCCGGAGCCGCCGACCCGAUGGCGCUCGUGCAGGGGUACACGGCCGAGGAGCUCGCCAUCGCGGGGGAGUUCCUCACCACCUGGCUCCCCUUCCUCUCCGCCGGCCUCUGCCCCUCCUGCGCCUCCUCGCUCCGCGGCCGCGUCGACUCCCUGCUCCCGCGAGCAGAGGAAUCGCCGCCGCCGCCGCAGCCGGUCGAUCAGAUUGAGCCGUCAGGGUGGGACUCGGAUCCGGCGCACCCGCAGAACCUUCCUUUCGAGCCGAGCGGUUGGGAUUCGGAUCCGCCCCCACCCCCGGCGCCGCCGCCCGCGGAGAAACCGAGGAUGUCGUGGGCGGACAUGGCGCAGGAGGACGAGCUCGCCGCGGCAGCGGAGGAUGACGCGGCGGCCGCAGCUGCCGACGAUGGGGACGAGGGGGCCGAGGCGGGGAGGCCCAAGGUGCGGUUCACGAGGGAGCAGCGGGAACAGAGGAGGCUCAGUAGCGUGGUGCGCAACAAGGAUUUCAGGUGCUACGAGAGAGUUCAUGGCCAGCUCGUCAACAUCCUCGCUGGCCUUGAGCUUCAUGCAGGCGUGUUCAGCGCAGCUGAGCAGCGGCGGAUUGUCCAAUGCGUGUAUGACCUCCAGGCGAGAGGGCAGCGUGGGGAGCUCGGAGAGCGCACAUAUACAGAACCUCAAAAAUGGAUGCGUGGUAAAGGCCGGGUAACAAUCCAAUUUGGAUGCUGUUACAAUUAUGCUACGGAUAAGAAUGGAAAUCCACCAGGCAUCAUACGGACCAUUGUUUCUGAUCCAAUGCCUGACCUCUUCAAGACUAUGAUUAAGAGAUUGGUACGAUGGCAAGUUCUGCCUACAACUUGUGUACCGGACAGCUGCAUUGUAAAUAUAUAUGAACCUGGAGAUUGCAUCCCACCACAUAUAGAUAGCCAUGAUUUUGUUAGGCCAUUUUGCACUGUUUCUUUCCUCAGCGAAUGCAACAUUCUUUUUGGAUCUAGCCUGAAAGCUUCUGCCCCUGGAGAAUUCACCGGUUCAAUUGCGAUCCCUCUCCCUGUCGGAUCUGUCCUUGUUCUGAAUGGCAACGGUGCUGAUGUAGCAAAGCAUUGUGUUCCAGCAGUCCCUACCAAAAGGAUAUCCAUUACAUUUAGAAAAAUGGACCCAGCAAAGCGUCCAUUCGAUUUUAAAGAUGACCCAGAACUGCUUAACCUUACCCCUCUUGUACAAGAAACUGGCAUAUCAUCAGAUGAAGGCAAGGGCAAGCUACCUGACGUCCAAAUAACAAAUCUGAGCAAAGUAUCCAGAGGCAAGAGGUCUAAAGGAAGAACAACUGCUGGGAAAUAUGGAAGCGGCAUUCUUGGAGAACAGCCUUCUGGGCAUGCGCAAGCCCCUGCAGUCGAAGUGCUGUCACUGCAAAGCCUGCAUGGCCAGCGCCCUGUCUCUGCCUCAAGUGCUGAGAGGGAAAGGAAUUCUGCUUGGAGGUCAAGGGAAUUGAGAGAUCAAUCUAGUACGCCUGGCUUGCAAUCUCAAGUUGACAAUACCAGGGAGUGGCCACGUCGGUCGGUGCACGAGAGGUUGCAUGGUAACGGCGUGAGUUCUGGUGAAGAUGGUGUGGAAUCUAGGGAAAGGAGACCACGGGUGGAGCAUAGGCAGAUAUCGUUGAUAAACCGAACAAUAAACGAUGACAUGAAUUCUCUUUCGCUCGCAAGCCGUGAAUCAGGCGACCAGUCUCGUGCUGGUGUGCGAACCAUGUAUAACAAGCCCCGGAGGACCAGAGUAAUCCUGGAUGAUUGA